GUUUACUAACUACGGGUGCCCCAAAGUGCGGCUGUUUGAGAAAUGUUGCGGUUCGACCGCGAUUUUAGUCUGCGUACUAACAACGUCUCCGCCAGGUCUAACAUGCUAUGUGUUAUGUCUUAUGUAUUACGAGUAUAUUAAUAAGCGUAACUUGGUAAAAUAAUUGAAUUAUUUCACCACUUAAUGGACGAGGAUCGUUGUGUUACAACAUGGUACGUAUCUGGCUGCUAAAAUGACGCUUUGUUUCGUUUCCGAAGCUACGCUGAUGUUUGCAACUGGGUCGGGGUCCGUAAAGUCCAAAAGUUCAGUCACUUGCCUCAGCGGCACAACAAAAACAGCGAUUAUGCGCACACGCGCAAUGUAGUCUUGCCAUAAACAACACCGAUAUGACAUAUGAACGAUAGUCAGUUGCCUCCAAUGGGGACUCCAAGGAAUGGGAUCAAGAAGGGACGAUUUAUUUUGUCUGUGGACGUGGGUACGACUUCGAUCAGAUGUCACGUGUAUGACAAGAAGGCACAAAUUCGUGGCUCGUGCUCUACAGAGGUGGUCCCGUUAUAUCCAGAGGAAGGGCAUGUGGAACUUGACCCGGAUGAACUGUGGAAAGGCUUCAUCUUUGUGGUGAAGGGGGCUGUGAAAGAUGCCGGAGUCCAAAUGCAUCAAAUGGAAGCUAUGGGCAUCUCUACCCAGCGAGCUACCUUUACAACGUGGGACAGGAGAACUGGCACUCCUUUCCAUAAUUUCAUCAGCUGGCAGGACCAGAGAGCAGCGGAGUUGGUAACAUCCUGGAACAGAUCAUGCACCUUGAAAGCGAUCCAUGGUGUAAUGAAAGUUCUGCACUUCGUGACCAGGCAGAAGCGCUCACUUGCAGCGAGUCUGAUUGUCUUCUCCACUCAGCAUGUCACUUUCCGCCUUGUUUGGACCCUCAAACACUACAAACAGGUUGCUCAGGCUGUGGCCGAAGGCAACUGCUGCUUUGGAACAAUCGACACCUGGCUCUUGUUUAAGCUCACAAACGGAGUGAUUCAUGCCACUGACUACUCAAAUGCAAGUGCAACGGGGAUUUUCGACUCCUAUCAGAUGUGUUGGAGUCAGAUGCUUUGCUCUCUGGUCUCCCUGCCGCUCUCUAUUUUUCCCAAAGUAGAAAAUACAGGACAUGAAUUUGGUUGCACUGACCCGUCCAUCUUUGGUUUGCCCAUUCCCAUCAUGUCAGUGAUGGCGGAUCAACAGGCUGCCAUGUUUGGGGAGUGCUGUUACAAUGUGGGUGAUGUGAAGAUCACCAUGGGAACAGGUACCUUCAUGGACAUCAACACUGGCAGCACACCUCACACAUCCGUAAAUGGUCUCUAUCCGCUGGUGGGUUGGAAGAUUGGCCCAGAAGUAGUGUAUCUGGCUGAGGGUAAUGCAGCAGAUACUGGCACCGCCAUCAAAUGGGCUCAGGCACUUGAUCUCUUCUCAGAUGUGGAGCAUACCAGCCCCAUGGCGUACAGUGUGAGCGACGCCAAUGGGGUGUGUUUCGUCCCGUCUUUCAGUGGGCUGCAGGCUCCCCUGAACGACCCAAAAGCCUGCGCUUCCUUCAUGGGCCUCAAACCUUCUACCACGAAAUGCCACCUGGUCCGUGCCAUUCUGGAGUCCAUUGCCUUCAGAAACAAGCAGCUCUAUGAGACGAUGCUUAGAGAAACCAACAUUCCCAUUACAAAGAUCAGGGUGGACGGCGGGGUUUCCUCUAAUGAUUUCAUCAUGCAGCUCACUGCAGACCUGUUUGGUAGAAAGCUACAACGAUGCCGGAACCAUGAAAUGUCCUGCUUGGGGGCUGCCUUUGUUGCCGGACUUUCUGUGGGCUAUUGGAAAUCGUGUGAGGAGCUGACCAAGCUGCACUGCGCAGGUGACAUAUUUUGCCCUAAAAGAAUGUCCGGUGACUGUGCUAGUUCCGGGUACGAUCUCCAGAGAUGGGAAAGGGCUCUACAACGCUCUAUGUAUUGGUACAAGCAACCAUGACAAGGGAUCCUCUCACAAAAGAAGAAACUGAAACCUGAGCCACUCUUUCAAAAAAAAAAAUGAUUGUGCCACAUCCCGCUAUUAUGUCCAAUAUACUUGAAACCACGAGAGCCCGUUUGACCGUAGAGACCAGAAAUCAAUUGUUACUUUCAUUUCGAUGUGAUUUUCAAGUCACUUCUCAGAUUGCAUUAUUUCAUCAAAUGGACACCAUACUUGCACAUUUUCCCACAGAGGGGCGUUAAUAUGAGGCGUUUCCAUGUCUCAUUCUUACUAAGCCCCCAACAUGACAUGGGGUACAAAAUCGAUACAACAUGCGCACCAAAUACUAAUUUAUGUCUCCAAAUGACUAAAUUGUAUCCAUGAUAUAUUUACUUGUGGCUAUGAAAUGGUAAAUUGGGACCACAAAUGCUUUUUUGUGGACACAAAAAUAGGUGUCAUCUGUACAGAAAAUGCUUAAUUGCGCAUUUUCUAUCUUACAAAAUGGCUCUUCACUACAAAGUGAAAAAUAUAAUGUUCUUUACCUUAGCGCACUUGAUUACCUCACUCAGCUGCUCAGGACGUAUUUGAAUAUUAUUGAUUUGUGCUUCGUGGACACAUUAUGCCUAGUUCACACCCACACUGCAGUCAGUCUGGGCACUUUAUUGAUCAAUGUGUAUUUUUGUAGCCAGUGACUACAGGAGCCUCAUAUCAAAGUAGCGAAAUGUAUUUACGCAAAUCUGAAAAUAAGCCCUCCAGUCGGCGCAGCCCACACAAGACCAAAUACAUUUACACUUGUGUCACUCACAGGAAUGCAAAAAACCUCAGAAUUGUUGGUCAAUGUCAUACUAUAUUUUCUCUUCAUAUGGUGUUUACUUUUUUUCCUCUACUAAUAGUAAUUUCUUCUUGUGCGUUUUGUCUGUAAGUGAUCAUAAAUCCUGGGUUGCCUGGAAGUGAAGCCAGUAUGGAAAGCCAUUAGAGCAUUGAUUUGAUAUCAGUCAUAUGGUCAACGUACUCCAUUUUUUUCUUCAUCAGUAAGACAAUUUGAUCAGCUAGUAGUCGAAUGACAAUAGAAACAUUUUGCAACAACUGACAUCAACUAAUAGAAAACUACACACUGUUGGCUGUAGACCAAUAGUGGCAAAUAAUAAUAGAAUAAAAAGGUACUAGUGAGACAGUCAUUCUACUAGUGCGCUUAAUUGUCUCACUACCAUAAGCUGGAUAUCGAAUACUUUUACUCUAAAAAGCUUGCACAAACUGUAAAAGCCUCUGUCAAUAAGUUUAUAUUUCUGGUUGGAUUGAAUCCAAACCUGGAAACAAAUUAGGUAACAAACCUACGUAAACAUAAAAGGUUUAUUAGUGUGACGGAGCCUUCGUAAGCCAUUUUCUGACAUCUGUUAAUAAUUUAGAAGCAGUAUGUGAUUCAAUAUACGUGCGCUUUAAUGAAGGUCGGGGCUGUUGGGAGCCAGUCGCUCGAGCGUGUCUGCACUUGGUUGUGUUAUUGUGCUCUCAAACGCAGCAAACAAGCCUGAUACUGACCUCACAUGCCCUCACAGACACACUCAUUGCUUGUCUAAUUAUGUUGCUUUUUAACAAGGUGCAACAACAACAAAAAUGUAUGUGUGUAUGUUUUUCUCUUAAAUAAAAGAUUUUGGAUUUGA